UCGUGUACGAGAGCUCAUUCAGAGCUGUACACGUAGUAUGUGUAGUUCCUUGGGAGCCUGAGAAUGGGAAAGGAAGGCACUGACUGCUGCAAGCAAGAAGUCAUAUGCUGAUUUACAGAUGGCUGGCACCACAGAUUGUAUGCAGAGAUGGGUUGGACAUGUUGCCUUGGUUACAGGAGCCUCAACAGGUAUUGGUCAAGGUAUAGCCAGGUCGCUAGUCAAACAUGGAAUGAAAGUUAUUGGCUGCGCAAGGAACAUCAAGGCUAUUCAGGAUGACAUGCAGAUGUUGUCAAGUGAUAGCUCAAUAUCCGGUUCACUACAUGCUAUCAAGUGUGAUUUGACAAAGGAAGACGAGAUUCUUGCUAUGUUUGCUGAAAUCAAAGAGAAGUUUGGUGGAGUGGAUGUCUGUAUAAAUAAUGCAGGUCUAAAUCAUGCCAGGUCUAUUGGUGCUGGAAGUAUGGGUAUUCUGAAUGGAGAAACGGACAAGUGGAGAAAUAUGCUUGAAUUGAAUGUUUUAGCUCCAGCUGUAUGUACCCGGGAGGCUGUGAAGCAGAUGGAAGAGAAAGGAACUAAAGAUGGCCAGAUUAUUAUGAUCGGCAGUCUUUCUGGUCACAGAAUUACCCAGCUAAAAGAGAUACACUUUUACUGUGUCACCAAAUAUGGGAUAACUGCCAUGAUUGAAGGCAUCAGAAUAGAGCUAAGAGAAAAGAACAGCAGAAUCAGAGUAGCAGCAAUCUCACCAGGCAUAGUAGAAACAGAGUUUAGACAACGCAUGUAUCCCGACGAAGACCCUGAAAAGGCAAACAAACUUUACCGAACCAUGGAAGAGCCAUUGCAAGUUGAUGAUAUCGCAGAGGCAGUUUUGUACAUACUUCAAACACCACCACAUGUUCAGGUUCAUGACAUCAUGCUUCGACCAACAGCUCAGAAGACUUAAGUCACAAAAGAAAAGACCCCUACCCCAGCAAUACAACGAGUGUAACAAGCCUUGCAGAGACAACCAAUGAUAAACGGACAAUUAAGGCAACAGAACGUGUUACAGAAAUAAUCACACUAGCUAGUACUGAUGUUGUGUACUUUUCCUAACUUGUCGGACUCUUUUCUCUUAUUAAAUUAUUUGUUGUAGCGGUAGCUUGGUUUCUGCGAUUUCUGAAGCUGAGACCAUUCAAUAAUGUUAUUCAGCUCUAACUAGCAAAGUACCCAUGAGACAGGUUUGAAAGUAUGUGGAUGUUGGGGGUACACAUGUACAGGGUGGGUACAAAAACUCAAUCAUUAGAUGCUGCGAUUUUUUUAAGAACAAGUCAAUUUUUGAACAAGUAAUGUCCAUUUAUAAGUAGGUCAUGGAUUUACCUUUACAACGGUGAAAGAAUGGGGAUGAUUGAUAAAGGUUUUCUAGAGGUAUGCUUAUUGGGUGAUUGGUUUAUUUUAAACAUUUCGAAAGUCACGGCAAGAGGUCUUAUGUCUGUAAUUGACAUAGAAUGAGAUUUCGGGUUAAAUUUGAACCAAUUUCUAAAACAAUUAGAAGAAAUACGGUUUGUGGCAAAUUUAAAGCACAAAUUCGUCUCUUCUGUGGGACAUAGUUUGUAACCAACAAGUAGAAAUGGCAUCAGCCAAGUUUUUAUAUUCUCUGCCUAAGCAAAGUAAAUCAAGUUAAAGGCCUAUAUUUGAUGGGGCGAGGCUAUUUGUUUUUCUCCAAAAAUCUUCAUAAAUUAUAUCUAGAGGAUGUACAAAGGGAUUUUUUUUUUCAAGAAGGAAAGAUCUAUCCUUGAAUCUUACUUUGUGCAAAACAAAUCGUAGGUUGAACGAUUUUUGAAAUUCACUGUAUGUCAACAUUUGCAUGCAUUUUAGGGAGACGUUUUUCAAUUAUAUUCCCACCUGGACCAAAAACAAGUGAAAAUGCUCUAAUAAAUAAAGAGAUAUACACGAUAAAGAGAUAUACUAAUAAAGAGAUA